AUGGGAAAUAAUGAAUCCAUAGCUGGUGGUCAGAAAGCAGUUCCUGCUAAAGAGACCUAUGUGUGGUACAAAAAAUUUAUGAGGGAAUAUCCAUCCGGCCUGCAAACACUGCAUGAAUUCAAGACACUCUUGGGUCUGCAAGGUCUGAAUCAAAAAGCCAAUCAACAUGUUGAUCAAGUCUAUAAUACCUUUGACAUGAACAAGGAUGGAUUUAUCGACUUUUUAGAGUUUAUUGCUGCUAUAAAUCUCGUUGUACGAGGAAAAAUGGAGCAGAAAUUAAAAUGGUAUUUUAAGCUGUAUGAUGCUGAUGGAAACGGUUCUAUUGACAAAAAGGAACUACUGAAUAUCUUCAUGGCUGUGCAAGCCCUCAAUGGCCAACAAACUCUGAGUCCUGAAGAAUUUACCAACCUGGUGUUUCAUAAGAUCGAUAAAAACAAUGAUGGAGAACUGACUUUAGAAGAAUUUAUCAAUGGCACGGAAGAAGAUCAGGAUCUUCUGGAGAUUGUUUCCAAGAGCUUUGAUUUUUUCCAGUGUACUGAAAAUAAUCUAUAAUGGGAAUCAGCCAGACACAGAAGGGAGGUUU